UGUGUUACGCCUUUUUACCCUUGUGGCUUGCCGUAGUAUUUAGGCCUGUACUAUCGCGUUGCUCUUCAGUCUCGGACGUUUCCUGUGAAGGUCGUGAGUUAUCUUUUCAGAAUGGCCCUCGCAAAGCCUAAUAUGAGAGGUCUUCUCGCAAAGAGGUUGAGGUUUCACCUGCCUGUCGCGUUCGGACUGUCUUUGUUGGCAGCAGUUUUUUUCAAGUACACAGUCAGUGAGCCCAGGAAAAGGGCUUAUGCUGAUUUCUACAAGCAGUAUGAUGCCAUAAAGGAGUUCAAUGCCAUGAAGGAAGCUGGAGUUUUUGAAAGUGCGAGACCCUCUGGUGAAUAAACUGAUGGUAUUUCCAUCUCUGCAUUCCUAGUGUGAUCCUACACCUUUACUGCUGAUUGCAAACACUGCUUUCUAAUGUGCUCCCAAAAUACAAAUAAACUAUUGGUAUAACUACAGCAAUGUAAUUUUUUGUGUCCAAUAAAAUGUAUUUAUACCAUA